AUGUCUCUGAAGCAGGAAAUUGAGACGUGGGUGGCGGCUCUAGAAGCCUAUGACAAUCAGGAGUUCGAGACAUCUCUGCAGUUUUUCGACCAAAUCGCCGAUACAUCAAAAAUUCUCUUCAAUUGCGGAGUGAUCUAUGCAACAAUAGGCGAGCACGGUAAAGCAGUGGAAUGCUACCAGCGAGCAGUUGGCCUAGAUCGCUUUCUAGCCAUUGCCUACUUCCAACAGGGAGUUUCCAACUUCUUAUUAGGAGACUUUGAGGAGGCAUUGGCUAACUUCAAUGACACCCUUCUGUAUCUGCGAGGGAAUACUUCUAUCGACUAUGAGCAGCUGGGGCUUAAAUUCCGUCUUUUCUCAUGUGAGGUCUUGUUCAAUCGCGGUCUGUGCUACGUCUACCUGAGGCAGAUUGAAGCUGGUAUGAAGGACCUGGAGUAUGCUGCAAAGGAGAAGGUUACACCUGAUCACGACGUAAUUGAUGAUGCGAUUCGUGAAAAUGCUGAUGGUUAUACCGUUUUCUCAAUCCCUGUGGGUGUUCUAUAUCGUCCAAACGCAGCCAAGGUGAAGAAUUUGAAGACAGUGCAUUACUUGGGCAAGGCCCGUCUCGUUGCUGCAGCGGACCGCAAUCAGAACGCCGAUGACCAGUGGCGACCUGUGGUCCCUAUCGUUGAAAAAUCGAUAUUUGACGAUAGAGAGGGCAUGUCUUAUGCAGCUACGCACUUGGUCCACAGGAACUUGAGCAGUCGCACUCGUCAACAGUCUGAACCACCCUUAAGCCGGAAUGUAUUCCCACCAACACCACCUCCAGAUGAUCGAUCAUCGAGUUAUGCUUCCACAUCAGGAAGCGGGCAUCACCGAUCUUUGUCUCUUCGCACGGGUCGACCACCACGACUGGACCUGGGAACAGGCCCCAGCUCAGAUAAUAGGUCUGUAUCACAAGAAAGAUCUGCUGUUCAAAUGUCAGAAAGGCCUCGAAUUGGCACGACACGCACGGCGUCAGAACCUCGUGGGCCAUCCGUGCAUCAGAAUGUGCGAGGCUUCGCACAAGAAUCUAACAGAUGGCCUCAAUCAGGGGGACAUCGAAGGAAUCUGAGUGAUGCAGGCUCAGAGCAUGCAUCUUCAGAUUUGUAUGAUCCAAGCUCCAGUUCGCGUGGGCUGGCCGGUGCCAGCUGGGGAAGAGGAACCAGGCAUCAACCACCACAGUACAUUGCUGAGCAAGACGAGUACGAGUGUGGCAGUGACGGGUGCGAUGACGAGUCGAGGGAAGAUGGCUUUGAGAUAUUCGGUUCCGCCCCAAGUGAACUUUCUUCUCCUCAACAACGCACAAGAUCACCACCGCGACACUCUCGACGGACGAAUUCGCGACGACCAGAAGUCCGCAAAUUCAGGACAAAAGUCCAUGCGCCGGAUGAUAUUCGCUAUAUCAUCAUUGGGCCGGCUAUUCAGUUCGAGGAAUUUGAAUUUCGCAUUCGUGAGAAAUUUGGUUUUCAGUGUCCAUUGAAGAUGAAGGUGCAGGAUGAUGGGGAUAUGAUUACGAUGGUCGAUCAAGAGGAUCUUGAUCUACUGCUGACUUCAGCUCGGGAAGUUGCGAAUCGGGAAGGUAGUGAUAUGGGAAAGAUGGAGGUCUGGGUCGAGGAGCGCAAGGUAGCUCCUCCGAAUCCAAUCCAACGCCAACCAUCAACCAAAACAGCAGACGAGUUCUUAAGAGAAGCAUAUCGCAUCAACUCACACAUCACCUCCCUCCUAAAAUAUCUCCAAUCAAUCCGCCACGCCUACCUAACAACAACAACCGCCCGCAAAGACAAACCCUCACACCAAUCCAACCUCACAGAUCCAGAACGCGAUGCAGUAGACUCUUCUACAGCCCUCCUUCUCCGAGACCUAGCAGCCUCAAUCUCGAACCUGUCCUCAGCUGAAUCCCUCCGCCAAGAAACAGAAGCCUCCGUCCUCCGAAAACGCUACGGCCACACUGCUGCCGGCGCCCUCCUCUGGCGCUGGGCUGGUGGCGCGGGGCCACUGGGAGAAGAUGAUGCGAGCCAUGCGGGUAAAUCCGUCGAGCAGAUUCGGGCUGAAGAAGGUGCGAAGACUUUGGCUUCCGUAAGGGAAGGCGUGCUUUGGUUCUUGAGGAGGGGGCUUGAGGGGGCGGUUAGCGCGCAGCGGGAGAUGGUUGAGAAGAGGAUUGAGCGGGCGCGCGAGAAGGAGAAGAGUGUUUUGUAUAAGGUUAGUGAGAAGUCAGAGAAGUUCGCUGCGUCUUCAUCUGCGUCUGCUGCUGGGGUUGGCGGCUCUAAGGCACAGGGAGGUCCCACGCCCGAUGCUGCUUUCUUAAGUGAGGCCGAUACGGCACGGAUCGAGUCGCAGUUGUCGCCAGAGCAGUUGCAGCUUUUUGCUGAGGAGAAUGACUCUAUGUUGCGCCAUUACGAGGAUACAUUGGGUAAAGUCCAAAACGCUGAGAAAUCACUACUGGAGAUCUCUUCUCUGCAGGAAACUCUUGUUACGCAUCUCGCCACACAGGAAGAAUAUAUUUCGCAGCUGGUUAGUGAUGUUGAUACUACGCAAAUAAAUGUUGGACAGGGAAAUCGUGAGCUUAAGCGCGCGACUGAAAGGCGAAGUACGGCACAAGCUGUGUUUUGGGGCACUGUGGGCUUGUUAGGGCUUGGUUCUGUAGACUACGUAGAAUUCAACAUGGAAGGUUACUUUAAGGCUGGGACAUCUGUUUUACAGUGA